GGUCCUCUUCGCGCGAGCCGCACCGCUCGUGCACCUUUGGAAUCACUUAGAACCGCGUCGCUUGGAUUAAAAAGAGUCUCGCAAAACCCAUCCAUUAUGACCGAAGGCAGUUGGAGACAGAGGGCAGGAACGACAUAGACGCAUUUGGUUCAGGACAAAAGGGGUUCUUGCUCUCAAUUACAAUGCAUCUCACAGCAGUGGUCUUAAUUCUGGUCGUGACAGGCAUCGCCAAAGGUUGGGAAUGCAACGCUGGGUGCAACACAGAAAAUGGGUUUUGUGAGAAGCUCGGAAAGUGCAGGUGCAAACCGGGGUGGCAAGGAGAUAAUUGUAACCAGUGCGUGCCCUUCCCCGGCUGUCUUCACGGCACUUGUGAGAAGGCAUGGCAGUGUGUCUGCGGGGAUGGCUGGGUGGGCAGCCUGUGUGACCAAGAUAUUCGCCUAUGCUCAUCCAGGCCUUGUGCUGGUAAUGCCACCUGCAUAGAGACAGGAGAGGGGGGAUACCUGUGCAUCUGUCCCCCCGGCUACACCGGUAAAAACUGCCACGUGAAGGGAGGACUGUGUCUCACAAACAGCUCUCCUUGUCAGAACGGAGGCACAUGUAGGGAUGCCGAUGGCUCAGCUGGUUCCUCUUCCUGUUUAUGUCCCCCUGGAUUUUCCGGAGACUUCUGUGAAAUCAGCGUUGACAGCUGCCAACCUAACCCUUGUCUGCACGGUGGAAACUGCACAGACCACAGCCUGGCCUUCACAUGCAUCUGUCCGCUUGGCUUCACUGGUUUCACAUGUAAUGACACCAACAGUCUCUCGCCCUGCGCUGGCAGACCCUGUGCCAACAGGGGCACGUGUGUUGGACAACCUGAUGGAUACUUCCGAUGCAUUUGCCAGAAAUGGUUUACAGGUCCCACAUGCUCCCUGCAGCACAGACCCAAGGCCAGGUCCAAGCCGGUUGGUGCCAGGCCUGUUGAUCACAGAGUGUUUGCGCUGACUCCACAGCACUACUCCCUUCCGGCUCACACCUUCCACAAGCUUCUCCGACCGCCCGAGAGAGACCUGCUCAAGAUCACCCUUAAGGAGACAGUCCACUCCCCCGGCCUGCUUGUCACCCACGGUCAGCUCGUCUGCUUCGGCAUGCUCGCCCUGCUCACGUGCCUGGUCAUCCUAGGCACCACAGGCAUUGUGUUUUUUGGCCGCUGUGAGGCCUGGCUGGCCAAUGCCAAGUACAGCCAGCUUGUUCGGCAGCAAAGGGAACACCUGCUGAGAGAAGCAGGCGGUGCGAGCCAGGAGGAGCCGGAGCACUCAGUGAACAUCAUUCUGCCGGAGAAGAUUAGACUCACCAGCUUUGGGAGACACUACACCUCCAUCUGAUCAAAUCAAGUGUGCCUCUUCCUGUCUCCCUCUGGAAGGAGUUCAAUAUAGAUGUCUGAAAAAGGCACGGAAGAAAUACUAUGACUGUUGUACAGUUGUGUUUUUAAAGAGAGAUAUACUGGACUACACCAGAAUAUUUGAAUGUAUAGUCUGCUGGACGAAGUGGAUAGCCACUACAAUGGAUUGUAAAAUGUGUUUUUAUCGUACUGUUGAAAACUACAGAUUAGAAAUGUAUGACAUUUUAAAGGAUGUUCUUUGUUGAUAGCUGGUCGUUGUGCUGUGUUUCUUAAGAUUUUGACUUCACAAUAAUGGUUCAGCUUCUUUGUACCACCUUGAUUUGGAAAACCAUUAUGGGGUUAAUAUUACAAAAUGAGACUUUGAUUUGACGUUAACAGAGCACAAAGACCUCUUUUCUUUCAGUAUUUUCAAUCUGACCAAGUAAUCAUUGAUAUUUAAUUUGGUAACAAUUUGUAUAAAAAUGCUCACUCAUUUUACAACCCUGAAUCAACCUCACCCUGACAGAAAAAUAUUCAGCAGAUAUUUUGAUAAUGUAAUUAUCUUUUUAGUCAACUUUAGGUCUUAGUACAGUUUCUUAAAAGUGUACAUUAUUGGAUUGUAAAUUGAAUAUAAAAAUACAAGCUAUCGAUAUAGAUUACAUUAGGCCGUACAAUAUUUUUAUUUUUCACGGUUUUCUGACAAGUAAAUUAUCAGCCCUUAAUAUCGCCAUGCAAAUUCAUGUAAAUUUCUUGUAAUGAAUGCAAAAUAUUUGUGUUUGAUUUGAAAAGUAUUAGCAUUUAAAUUGUGUAUUUAUACAAUACCGCAGGCUACCCAAAGAGCUUUACUUUAAAAUCCUGCCAGCGGUAACUCUGCAGAGCUAGAUCAUUUUCCUGUGAAGGGUAAAAAUUGUACAGUAUGUUCCUCAAGUAAUUUCACUUCCCAAAUACCUUCCAAGUCUCUCUCCCUGCAGGUUGAUUACUUUAGAUGUUGGUGUCAAAGGUAUAUAGUAGAUGUAAUUUCACAGUUCCUGGAGAUCUGCCACUUUCUUUUUCCAUCAUCUAUUUGUAUCCAUGCCAUGAAUAUCCUUACACCUUCACCUAUCGAUUACACUCAAACUCAUUUGCAGUUUCUCAGAGGUUUUUUCUUCUUACCACCAUUGUGGGAAUUUCACAUCCCAUUCACCAUGCAUCUCUAAGCCAAGAUAAUCAAUACUGUAACAUAUGUUAAAUGUUAUUGGUUUGUCUCAUCAUGCAUGAGAUGGACACCCGCUCUUGAGGGCGAAGUGAUUUCAUGAAUUAUUAACUGCUCUAAAUGGGAGAUAUUCUCUCAUUAAUCUGGCAAUGAGAAAUACAAUUCAGCUUGUUAGGAAACAUUAGGAUGUUGUUGACGUGGUAGGAUUUUUCUAUCACAAUUCUCCAAAAAAGUGAUUAUCUAAUCUUAUAAUAGAGGUACAUUUCAAGUUGUGUAUUACGUUGUGCAGUAGAGCAAUUUGAAUCAUUUUAGAUGGCAUUUCUAUAAGGGCGCAGUGACUGUAACUGUGCAUAUUUAUCAGUAUGUGUUCAAGUCUGGGAUUAUUUGCUGUUGUG